AUGACAGAAGAAAAUAAAGAUUUGAUACAGGGUAAGGACUUACUUAUGGCUUCCUAUGAUGUGGACUAUGAAAAGAAUGCUAAAUGUUCCAACUACUGGAGAAACAGAGUGAUGAUGGUGGCAAAGAAAUUCCUGGAUAUUGGGAAGAAACUCAACUUUGCUGUGGCUAGCUGCAAAAGCUUUAGUCAUGAACUUUCUGAUUUUGGCUUGGAAAGUGCUACUGGAGAGACUGCUGUUGUUGCUAUCAGAACUACAAAAGCAGAGAAGUUUGUCAUGCAGGAGGAAUUGUCGCGUGAUGGCAAGGCUCUUGAGAUAUUCCUGCAGGAUUACUUUGAUGGUAACCUGAAGAGAUACCUGAAGUCUGAGCCUAUCCCAGAGAGCACUGAUAGGCCCGUAAAGGUAGUGGUAGCAAAGAAUGUUGAUGAACUAGUGAGUGAUGAAACUAAAGAUAUGCUGAUUGAAUUUUAUGCUCCUUGGUGUGGUCACUGUAAGAAUCUGGAGCCUAAGUAUAAAGAACUGGGAGAGGGCUUCCCUGAGAAGCUCAGAAAAGACCUAGAUAUUAUCAUAGCCAAGAUGGAUGCCACAGCGCCUUCUCCAUAUGAAGUUAGAGGUUUUCCUACCAUCUGCUUCUCUCCAGCCAACAAGAAGCUAAAUCCAAAGAAAUACGAAGGUGGCCAUGAAUUAAAUGAUUUUAUUAGCUAUCUAAAGUGA